UUUUGUCACUUUAUAUUAAAUAAUUUUAAAUAUUCCACACGGAUCUCUAACGGUGAUAGUUCAAUCAAAUCUUAAUUAUAAACUGGCGUAUCAAUUACAUUACUUCAAUUGAUAAAGAUUAUGAUAUAUACACGAUUAUGGCAGGAUUAGGAGAUGACCACUCUGUGCUGAUACUGUAAACUCAUAAUCUACCUGGCUCGAUCACUGUCGAAAGUGUUUUUUAUUUCGUCAAGUUAUGAACAAGCGGAGAUAUGAUUUCGUGUGUGGUUAUACUAGUGUUGUUUAGUACUUUCAUUCAGUCGUGUUCGAGUUACGAGCAAUGCUUUGCAAAACCUCUACAGAAGAAUCCGGAUGCUGAGGCUAGGUUUUCAGUUAUUUUAAGUUUGAGACAAACAUCCGGGGAUGAAGAAUGUCAGGACAUUGCUACCUCUGCGAUAAUGACUGUUGUUGCAAUAGAUUGGGCAGUAUCUAGAUUAAAUAAUGUGACAUUGGUACCAGGAGUUAAAUUUGGAUAUGACUUAUACGAUGACUGUGGUAUUGAACGGUACAGCAUGUAUAGUGUUCUAGAUGCCAUGGAUUACUAUUUCCCGCCAGAUCUGAGAUCAUGCACAGGCAAUAGUUCAACAUAUUAUCUAGGUAUACUUGGUCCCUCACGCAGUCAGAAUACGCAAAAAGUUUUAGAAAUGGUAGAAAAUAUGGACAUUCCUGUAGUAAGUCCAACAUCAACGUCUCCUGAUUUACGCAACAGUCCUAACUUUUUCCGAACGGUUCCUUCGGAUGAUGAUCAAGUUCGCGUGUUUGUUGACUUGAUGGAACAGCACAACUGGAACUAUGUAGUUGCAAUGCACACGGACGAUAAUUACGGUCGAUAUGGAGUAACAAAAAUUGUUCACCUCGCAAAAAUUCGCAAUAUUUGUGUAAAUGUCAUUCCUGGAUUUAAAACUACAGAAACAUUUGAUGACACAUCAUUCAGAGACAGCAUACUUCAGAAAUUAUUGAAACACGUUGAAAACACAACAGAUGAAACAUUAGGUGUACUGUUUUUUGGUCAACGAAACGUUAUUCAGCAGCUUCUAAGUAAAAUGCAGCUAACAGCCAACAUUAAAGCAAAAUUAAAGAAUAUAAAAUGGAUAAUGUCUGAAUCAAUAGGUACUCGUGUCAGUGUAUUAUCUGGAGCACCGGAUGUUACAAACGAGGCUAUGACCAUUUCUAUGACAACCUUAGAUAUUCCAGAAGUUCUUGAACAUGCAAAUAAAAUUCGUUCAUCUGCAUCAACGUCGGAUGAUAUUUCUUCGCUCAUAAAGAAUUUUGGAGUUAUUUCCGGUGAUGAUUGGAAAGACUAUGUUGUAUCUAUUUUAGAUAGUGUUUUUGCUGUAACCACUUCUUUGAAAACAGCAUUCGACACAAGAUGCACCGGCUAUAAAGUUAUCUGUGAAGGAUUUGAAGAUUAUUACAAUUCCAAAAAGUUAGAAACGAUGAAUAACACAAAAGUGAACUACACUGAUUUAGGUCCAGAUAUUUCUCCAACUGAAUUUAUCAACAAGCGCAGAGUUGUUACAUUUAAUGGCUUUGGUGACCUGGUUCCCGAUUCAAAUACCCCACUUUACGACAUCAACAUGUACACAAAACCACAACUGCUGAGGGUAGGUUCAUAUGUUAAUAGUUCUCUCAGCAUUAAUUCUGAGUUUCCAAAUGGGUUUUCUUCUUCGAAAUGUCAAAAAGGAUGUGAAUUGUGUGUAGAGACUCCAAACAUAGCCUACGAAUUUAUUGAAGGCGAUGUCUAUAUUUUGGGAUUCUUUUCCCUACACAGAUUAUCGGACGAUCCUUUUGGUUGCGGCGAAUUUAGAAAUUUGACAUUUGACGUUCUGUCAGUUGAAGCCUUUUUAAAUAGCAUUAAAGAAUCUCAGUCGGAAACUAAUAUAAAAUUUGGAGGAAUAGCUUUUGAUGAUUGUUACAGCUCAAGCAGGGCUUCGAUGAUUAUUAGUGACUUGUAUACUGGUAAGCUAAAAAUACCAUCUGAAACAAACCCGAUAGAUCCAGAAAAAAUUGUUGGCGUUGUGGGUCCUUUUCCGAGCGGCGUCACUGUUCCUGUCACUUUUCUGUUUUCUAGUAUUGCUCUUCCAUCAAUUUCAUAUGCAUCGACGUCACCAGAUCUCGACGACAAAGAAAUAAAUUUUCCGUACUUUUUCCGAACAGUUCCGAGUGAUGUAGAUCAAGCACAUGCAAUGGUAGAGGUUCUUAAUGCUAUGGGUUGGCAAUCAGUUGGUCUAGUCUAUGUAAAUAGCAAUUAUGGAAGCAAAGGAAAAGAUGCCUUUAAACGUGUGGCAAAUGCCUCUGGUAUUUGUAUAGUAGGAGAAAUAAAAGUGCAACAAGAAGAUAGUGCACAGUGGAAUUUUGAAGUUCAGAAAAGUCUGGAAUCCAUUAUGAAUCAAGGAACGAAUCUGUUCAUAUAUUUUGGAACAGAAGGGCGAAUGGUUGAUAUUUUGUCCCAUAUCAAAGACAUCGACAAAACAGGUGCGAAUCAAAAUAAAUAUAUUUUUAUUGGAAGCGACGAUUGGGCUGACAGUAGAAAUAUAAAGAACAUGUUUGGAGAAAUGAUCGAAGGUUCGAUGUCCUUCAAGAUAAAAACGAGAACAACAAAUACCAACUUUGUUGAAAAUUUAAUUAAGAAGACUUCGUCCUUAGAGACAGCCAGUUACUGGUAUAAGAAAUUUUUUCGAAACUAUUUUCAAUGUUAUUUCGAAGACGAUUUCGUUAAAACAUUUCCCAAACCAUGUUCUGACAAUAUCACAAUAACAGAUACAAAUGGCAUAAUGGCGGAUGGAAGAGUUUCGCAUUGCAUAUUAGCUGUUAAAGCAUUGACUAAAGGUAUAGCUAAAGCCAAAACAGAGUUAUGCCAAGGAGAGACAGAAUUUCCGUGUGCAAACUAUAACAGAUAUAUCGACCAUGUUCGGGAUAAAAUAGCAGAAGUUAACAUAUUGGACGAAAACCAGAUAUCUUUUAAUGUCUUCGACAAAAACAGGAAUGGCGAUGUUGGUUUCCAGAUUCUUCAAAUAAGAAAAGAUGGAGACGACUUUGUAUAUGCAGAGGUUGGUUCCUAUGACAACGACAAUUUGAUGAUUAAAUCCGAAAAUGUAAGAACUGUUGUAGCAAACACACUGUCAGUUGCCGAAUGUGAAGCAAAUCAAGGUCUUGCAAUAUCAGAUCUAUCAUCUUCGUCACCAGAACAGGAAGACUUCCGAUUGGCGGACAUUGUAGUGAUAGCUCUACUCGGAUCUCUUUGUGUUGUUCUGAUAAUUGUAAUUUUUGCUGUCAUCUAUUGUUUUUGGAGGAAAUCAGCGGGUCUCCACAAAAUGCUGGAAGAAACAAAAGCCAGAAUUACAUACUACAACCAGAUAGGAACGCCUAAAAAACAGAAGCAAAAACAUUCUGGAAAGAAAAAUGGAGAUAUUGGUAGUUUUGACAACCCUGUAUUUCCAAAUGGCGGUCUCGUCCCUGUAGAACCGCCCGGUCAACACUAUCUUCCAUUACAUGAAUCUGGACAAGUUCGUAGUGCUCAUAGAUAUGACGGUAACCGCCUUGAUUUGUUGAAUCAGACGACUCCGAAACAAUCAGUAUCUACCAGUAAUCAGUCACUUCUUGAAACAACUCGUCCAGAUUUACCUCCAAGAAAUGUCCCCGAACAAAGAAUAGUAUCCAAAUCGGAAAGUGACAUUCACAAUUCAUAUCCUGUUAUUAAACCAAAAAUGGGAAAUUACUUUGCAUUAAGCAAUCAACCACGCAUGGGAACUGCGAUGAAUACGACACCAACUGAUUCUCUCCACUCGCAGGGAAGUGUAUUUGGUUUCCCUCGCCAUCAAGUUACUACAACCCCAGACGAAGAAAAUCCGGAAAACAUACUCCUACAAACCGAAAACCACAUUCCUCCGUCCAAAAGCCUACCUUCCUCACCUCGAUCGCCAUAUGAAAAACAUAAAAUAUCACAAACAGUCCAAGAAAAUCGAACUCGGUCUCAAUCGUCACCUCUAUCUCAUAACAAUUCAAUUCAUUCCCAAUUUUCUGGUGAAACCCUACAUAUGACCGGAAACUUAUCUCCACAGCGACGAAAAAGACUGAAAAGUUUCUCAUCAGAAGAACCACAGAAAAUAUCACGUGUUUAACAUUCUCAUACCACAUGACUUGAUAUUACUAGUAAUCGGCAUUUACAUUCCAGAUCUGACAGUUAACCCUGAGAAUAUUUUGUUUAUUUUAUACAUUAGAAUAUUUUACAAUAUGUUACUAUUAUUAUUAUUAUUAUUAUUAAUAUAAAAAUAUAUCAUGGAAAAAGAAUUUCA